UUCCCUAGGAAGAGGCAGCAGUAAAUAUUGACUGCAGGAUCAAUUGUCUCUGUUGAAGCCGCAGUCUGCUUCAGUCAGAGUGAGCAAGCCAGGUCACACUGGAUAAAGAGCUGCUUUCAGGACGACUGGUCACCCCCAAACACAUAGACACAAUCUGCUGGGAUCGGAACUGAAAUGAUACUUCCCAGAAUGGAGAAGAUGGUGAUGAAGGUGCUGAUUAUGUUUGUCCUUGGAACGAACUACUGGUUCCACUACUGUGCAGGUUUUCCCGUGUAUGACUAUGACCCGUCUUCCUUGAGGGAAGCUGUCAGCGCCUCCGUGGCAAAAGUGAAUUCCCAGUCGCUGAGCCCCUAUCUGUUUCGGGCGUUCAGAAGCUCAGUUAGAAGAGUCAACAUCCUGGAUGAGGACAGCUUGACCAUGGACAUAGAGCUCCGCAUCCGGGAGACGACGUGCAGGAGGGGCUCUGGGGAAGACCCCGCCACCUGUGACUUCCAGAGGGGCUACUACGUGCCGGCAGUUGCUUGCAGAAGCACCGUGUGGGUGUCUGCUGAGCAGGUGCAGGACGUGUGGGUUCGCUGCCAGUGGUCCUCCAGCUCCUCCGAGUCUAACAGCAGUGAAGAGAUGGUUUUGGGAGAUAUCUUGGGAUCCUCUACAUCAAGAAACAGUUAUCUGCUUGGGAUCAUGAGAAGGGGCUUUCCUCCUGGAAAUAGAAGGGGCCUGAACCUGUGGCCCAGAGCAAGAAUAAACACUGGCUUUGAGUGACAGCCUUGAGCAAAAUGCAUUGGAAGGAAUAGAAGUUCCAAUGAAGAAAGAUACUUUACAAAUUGUGUGAUUUUUCUUUUGAUCAGUUCCAGUCGAUAAUAAAUGGCUUACUUCUCCUCUUUCUUUCAUCGCUUGAUCUUUUCUUUUCUUUUCUUUUCUUUUCUUUUUAAUAGGAGUAACUCUCACAUUUUUAGAUGAGAAGCUAAUGCCAUGAGGAGAGUUCACUCAGUGUCUCUGCCCGCGGGCCUGCUGACCCCCAAGGAAAGGCAGUGCCG